AUGCCUCCGCCUCUACCAUCCUCCCACCGCGGGAUGACCGCGAACCCGCUCAAACCUGUUGGCCGUUACCGUCCUGGAAAAGCAGUCGCAGAGGAGCAUUCAUCAUCCGAGGAGGAAGACGAGGACGAAGAUAUUGAAGAACAAAAACGACAAGAGGCCGAAGCGCAGCGUCGGAGACAGCAAGCUCCAAAGGCAAGCUCUUUCCCGUCUGCGGCCGCCCGCAAAGCCGUCAAGGCUGAAGAAGAAGAUGAAGAGGAAGGAUUUGUGACCGACGAGGAAGAAGAAGAUGAUGAAGCACAAUCAUUACCCAUAGCUGCGCCGUCGGCUCAAGAUUCUCCAUCAGAAGCUAUAACAUCAAAACCAACCACGGCAGCCGCCCCAGAAGAAAGCGAAGAGGAAGAAGAAAGCUCCGAGGAAGAGAGUAGCUCCGAAGACGAAGCGCCUCGGCGCAUGCUUAUACGGCCCACAUUCAUCAAAAAGGACAAAAGAGGAACAGGCGACUCGGAGAAAGCACAAGCCGCAGCCAAAGCCGCAGCCCUCGAGGCAGACGCCGAGGCCCGCCGCCAAGCCCAACGACUAGAAAAAGCCGAUCAGCUAGUCCGUGACCAACUCGAAAAAGAUGCGAUCGCGCGCUCCUCAAAGAACCGAGCCUGGGAUGACGACGAGCUGGAGGCCGACGACGAAGAGGCCAUCGACGACAAAGACGGCGUAGACCCCGAUGCAGAGUACGCUGCGUGGAAGCUGCGAGAACUGAAGCGCGUUAAGCGCGAGCGCGAGGCCAUCGAAGAAGCUGAGAAAGAGCGCGAGGAGAUCGAGCGACGACGCAACCUCACGCAAGAGGAGCGCGAUCGCGAGGAUGCAGAAUUCAUUUCGCAGCAGAAGGAAGACCGAGAGGCUACGCGCGGCCAGACUGGGUUUAUGCAGCGCUACUUUCACAAGGGAGCGUUCUUCCGUGAUGACCAGGAGAAGGAUGGUUUGGAUCAGCGUAAUAUCAUGGGCCGCCGGUUCGUGGAUGAUGUUGCGCGUGAGACUUUGCCUGAGUAUAUGCAGGUCCGCGAUAUGACCAAGUUGGGCAAGAAGGGCCGCACUCGUUAUCGCGAUCUCAAGUCCGAGGAUACUGGUCGGUUCGGUGGAGGGUAUCAAAAUCGCCGUGGUGACAAUGGCCCGCCUAUCGGUAUUACUGAUGAGCGUUACAUGCCUGAUCGCGGGGAUGAUCGGGGCUCUGGACCGACUGGACCGACGGGUGCCAAUGCCAGUUUUGUUCGGCCGAGGCGAAGAUCUAGAUCUCGCUCUCCGCGAAGGGAUCGACGUGAUGACCGUGAUGAGCGAAGUCGUUCGAGGGAACGGCGGAAACGCAGCCCAUCUCCGUAUGAAGAUCGGGACAAGCGCCGACGAGUUGAUAGCACUUCAUGA